CGCGAAACGUGAAAAUAUUUGAGUUGACAUCUCACUUUAUACCUAUUCCAGCGCAAAAUAACGAAAAUAAAUCACAAUUGAAGAGAAUCGUUAUCGGCAAGACGUGUUUUUUGUGUGUUACUUAGUUUACAAGACAAUGUACUCUUUGUGAGCCGGUUCUGCGAGAAUGUGGCCGCUAUGCAUCCCGGCGUGGGGCGCGGCGGUGGCGGCGGGCGCGCUGGUGAUAUACGGCACCAUCGACGUUGCGUAUUUCGCGCGCAUGCUGUUUACAGUCACGCGCGCUAGGUACUUCCGCAAAAAGGCGUGCCUGUUGGAAACUACGGAAGUCGGCUCCUGGGUUCUCCUCUCCGACGUGGACACUCUCCUCUACCACAUGAACAACGCGCGCUACCUUCGCGAACUAGACUUCGCUCGAGCAGACUUCUACGAGAGAACUGGACUGUAUUCCAAUAUUAAAGCGGCUGGCGGGGCCGUCGUGCAGGCGGCUUGCACUAUUCGCUAUAGGAGAUAUCUGAAGCCGUUCACCAAGUUCAUAAUUACGUCUAGAGUAAUCUAUUGGGACAACAAGACCGUCUUCAUGGAGCAUGAGUUCGUCGGCCCCGGCCGCUUCGUGCACGCGGUCGCCGUGUGCCGACAACGCGUGAUAGACACGGCCGCCGCGCCAAUAGCGGAACUUUUGGUUCAGCUGCAUUGUGCGGGGACUUGCAAGCCUCAGCUUGGAAAGAUGCCGCCGGAGUUGGAGCUAUGGGUACAGAGCAACGAGUUAAGUUCUGCUCGCCUGCGGUCAACCGUGGUGCCUGCACCCUUCCUACCAUCAGCCUCACCUCAAAUAGGUUCUGGAGAAUCUAUCACCGCUGCAGAAUGAAGUAACGUUUCCAACGGGGAAAACAAACUGAACCUGAUUCGAGUGGCAUGGGAACGGAUGAGGAUAGCGAGAAUUUACAGUUUAUUAGUUUUGAUGUUUUGUACGUCAGCUCGGCUGUAAAAUGGUCCAAGACCUGAACCGAGGCUCGAAAACCGGGCUUAUAUAAUGCAUAAAGUCAAUGUGGAGAAGAACGGCAUAUAACAUUUUUGGUUGGAAAGACCGUCAUGGGACAAGAACUCUCGUACCUAUUUGUAACGUCAGUGAGAAAGGAAGAGCUUCGCUUUGCUCCUACCUGCCUUCGGUAAGUGAACUAUUGUAUACAAGAGUUCGACCUCACCUGAUAGGCGGUCUUGGCCACAUUGAGCUUAGAUGGAAAUGAAAUGUCAACUGAAUGCUUCUAUUUCUACUUAAAAAGUAGGUAUAAAAACUGCCAAGCUGACAAAUGCUAUGCCUUUGCUAGUCUUUUCGUGUAGAUAUUUGUUAUGUUGAUUUACAUAAAUUUAAUAUUGUUCUACUUAAUAUUUAUUAUAAUUUAUUUUGUAUCCCACGGUGCCUAUUGUAGCUACAUGGUUGGCCAGAGGAACAGGCUAAGAAAAGAAUCUUAACUAAUUCAAUACUUAACUUGCCUAACAUAUGUUUCUUUUCGGGAAUGCCUACAAAGAUGAAAAGGAAAAAAUAGAACACUAACAGAGUCUGUUGGGUGACAAUUCAAUAUUAUGGUACCUAGCUACCAUCGAGCUGAUCUGAUGAUGGACACAGGUGGUGUAGGUGGUCAUAGAAACUGUGUAACAAAACUACUUAGAGAAUAUAACCAAACGGAGUGGUCAUUAACAGGCAUUCCCCUCUGUCGAAAAUAGGCGGCCAAUGGUCAACCAACUGUCAACCACAUGUAUGGACUGACGUUUAUCUGAAAUGGCUAUUUUGACGUUACGUAUACAUUUGAUGUGCCCCUCCCUCGAAUAAAACGGCAGACUAUUUUGUACCGAAAAUUAUAGACAUGGCGUCUCCGUUUGGUUAUAUACAAAACUACGCAACGCAGCCUAAUAAAUGUGUUCAGUUUUGUUAGAACCUCUUGAUUGUAAAGUACAGUCAGUAAAAAAAUUAAAUUUUUGACAAGAAACUUACCAACUCUUGACUACGUCUUAUAACAUUUAAAAGGGCAAGGAAGUGUAGUAAAAUGCCUCUAAACUACAUAUAUUAUAGGCACUGUAAGUUUGACUACUAUCCACUACUACUGAUAGACUUAGGGUCUCCCCUGAUAUAUCGACGCGCAUUCGGCAAAAUCCGAUAGGAAAAAGCUUUAUGUCCACGCAAUAAGAGCGAAAAAGCCGUCGACGCGUCGGCAGGCGCCGGCCGAUGCGAGCCGAGCCGAACGACGACUUUUUCGCUCUUAUUGCGUGGACAUAAAGCUUUUUCCUAUUGGCUUUUGCCGAAUGCGCGUCGAUAUAUCAGGGGAGACCCUUACGCUGGAUACCCUCUGGCCUCCCAUGUGCACCUUUAAUUUUUGAUUUGUACUUACAGUACAACUACACGUGUGUUUUGUUUAUAGAUAGGUUAUUAAAUAAAAUUGUAAUAUCAUCGAUAAAAUCAUGAUAUAAUAUGAAUACGUAAAAUGUUUGUAUGAAGUAUUAUAAUCGAAUGAUCUCUAUUUCUUUAUGGUACUUGUAUUGUAUCAACUGUACGACGGCUAGAAGUAGGAAUUGUUAUUUUCAUUGUAUGUCAUCUCAUCAUAAAAGUAGCAUUCUCAGAUUUUCUGGGAUUUCAUUUUUUCAUUGAUAAAAAAUACACGUUUAUAUUUAUGGUGACGUCACUGCCUUUUAAUAUCUACCGAAAAGUUGAAGUAAUUCGGCAGAUUUGACUUGUUAAUAUUAUUAUUUACUACUUAUUUACCUAUGAGUUAUAUACCUACCUACGUAAUAAGUAUACCUACUUCCGAACCCCUAGUCGUAGAACUAAUUUCAUUUGAUAAUAGCGUGACGUGCGUUCGCGUUAUGUCAUGUCUAUUUUUGUAUGGGAUUUUGAACAGCGCGCCAAGCGGGACGUUUUGGAAACUCAAAAUCCCAUAGAAAAUGACACUUAACGCAAACGCGUACGUCACGUCACGUUAUCGAAUGUUAACUCUAGGGGUACCGUUACCCGAUGUACUAAAAUUUACUUAAGUAGAGUUAGACCAAGAAAAGUCUGCAGCGAUUUUGAUGGCCCACGCAGUGCAAGUGUUAUUUUAAACGUCAAACUCCUAUGAAAUUAUGACGUAUAAAUAACACUUGCACUGCGUGGGCUAUCAAAAUCGCUGCAGACUUUUCUUGGU